AUGCUCUGCGAUCUCGGGUACAAGGAGAUUGAAGUAUCUUUCCCCUCUGCCUCACAAAUUGAUUUUGACUUCACCCGCCGCCUCAUCGAAACCCCCGCCGCCGUCCCUGACGACGUCUUCCUGCAAGUGCUGUCGCCAUGCCGACCCGACCUGAUCCGCCGCACCGUCGAGUCAGUCCGCGGCGCCAAAAACGCAAUCAUCCACAUCUACCUCGCCACGAGCGCGUGCUUCCGCCAGGUCGUCUUUGGAUACACCGAGGAGCAGACCCUCGCGCUGGCCGUCGAGUGCACCAAGCUCGUUCGCUCUCUGACCAAGGACGACCCAGCUGCCGCCGGCACCAACUGGCAGUUUGAGUUUUCGCCCGAGUGCUUUUCCGAUACCGACCCCGAAUACGCCGUCCGCGUGUGCCAAGCCGUCAAAGCCGCCUGGGGCCCCAACGAUUCCAACGACAAGAUCAUCUUCAACCUGCCCGCCACCGUCGAGCUCGCCACGCCCAACAUCUAUGCCGACCUAAUUGAGCACUUUUGCACAAACAUUGGCGACCGGGACAGCGUUUGCGUGUCUCUGCAUCCUCACAACGACCGCGGCUGUAGUGUGGCCGCCGCCGAGCUCGGCCAGAUGGCGGGCGCUGACCGCGUCGAGGGCUGCCUUUUUGGAAACGGAGAGCGCACCGGCAACGUCGACCUCGUCACCCUCGCCCUGAACUUGUACACGCAAGGCGUCAGCCCUAAGAUUGACUUUUCCAACCUAAAUCCUGUUAUUGACAUGGUCGAGAGUUGCACAAAGAUUCCCGUCCACCAGCGCGCGCCGUACGGCGGCAGCCUCGUCUGCGCCGCCUUCUCCGGCAGCCACCAAGACGCCAUCAAGAAGGGCUUCCAGAGCCGCCAGGCCCGCGGCCUGUCUAGCGAAGACCCCUGGGAUGCCAUGCCCUACCUGCCUCUGGAUCCCCAGGACAUUGGCCGCACCUACGAGGCCAUCAUACGCAUCAACUCGCAGUCCGGCAAGGGUGGCAGCUCCUUCAUUCUGCAGACCAAGCUGCAGCUCGAUCUCCCCCGAAAUUUCCAAAUUGCCUUUUCCAACGUUGUGCAACGCCGCGCCGAGGAGCUUGGUCGCGAGCUCCUGGCCAAUGAGAUUACGGACCUCUUCGAGUCGACCUACUUUCUCAACGACAACCCUCGCCUCAGCCUCAUCGACUACAGCAUUACGCCGGACCGAAGCGAAGGCGCGGCUGCGGCUGCGGCGGCAGACGGCAAAACGCCCGACACCAAGAGCGCCAUGCGUAUCUUUGAGGGCGUCAUUGUCCUGGACGGCAAGGAGUACAGGCUGCGCGGCCGGGGCAACGGUCCCAUCUCCAGCAUGGCGGCCGCCCUUAAGGACGUCGGCAUCGACUUCGACGUCAAUGACUACAAGGAGCACGCCAUUGGUGAGGGCCGAAGCGUAAAGGCCGCGUCGUACAUUGAGUGCAAGCCCACUGGCUUAAAGCAAACUGUGUGGGGUGUCGGUAUCCACGAAGACGUGGUGCAGAGUUCUCUCCUGGCAUUGUUGAGCGCUGCCAGUAACUUCAUGACUAGCCGGCCUGCCAGCCCCAUCUUGAAGCCCAGAGUAGCACCUAUUUCUUGA